UUCAGGCACCAAAAUGUCUUGGGCCGGCCCUUACCUGCAGCACGUGCUCCCCCAGAGCAAGGAAACCCUCCUCCAGUCUUACAAGAAGAGGCUGAAAGAUGACAUCAAGUCUGUCAUGGAUAACUUCACAGAGAUAAUCAAAACUGCGAAGAUUGAGGAAGAAACCCAAGUUUCUCGGGCAACCCAAGGCGAGCAGGACAACUAUGAGAUGCAUGUCAGAGCUGCAAAUAUUGUCCGGGCUGGCGAGUCUCUUAUGAAGCUCGUCUCUGAGCUAAAACAGUUCCUGAUCCUCAACGACUUCCCUUCCGUCAACGAAGCCAUCAACCGGAGGAACCAGCAGAUGCGCAGCCUUCAGGAGGAAUGCGACAAGAAGCUUAUUGCCCUGCGUGAUGAGAUCUCCAUAGACCUCUAUGAGCUGGAGGAAGAAUAUUACUCUUCUAGGUACAAAUGAAGCCAUGGACUAUUCCCCUGUAGUAACCACAACAAUUUCCUGUUUCUGG